AUGGGUAUGAAAGGAAAGUUCAGCAAGGGCUCCGGCGCUUGGAGGAGCGGCAAGUCCAAAGGCUUCCAGAAAGGUAAGCCUAUGACAGGGAAAGCUUCAGAGAAUGCAUCGACAGAAGACUGGAGCGCGCCCGCCGAGACGCCCAGCACAACCAGAAGGAUGAUUGCGCGCAAUUGCUUCGGCAAGGCUCUUUUGCGUCCUUAUGCGAGUGAAGACCUUUCUUUCUUGUAUCUCACAGAUGAGAAUUUCUUUCAGAAGUCGGAGCUGCGUUCCUAUUUGACUGCAGAAAACUCCGAGCUCGACCGCCGACCCGCGUACGGCUGGUCCAUGAUGUGUGGGUCCCUGCGCAGUUUGAUAUCGGCCUUGCCCGGCGAAAAGCUUGUGGAGGGCAUGACAGAGUUGAACCAAUUGCUGGAGCGCGAAAAGAAGUUGGAGAAAGCGCUACAGAAGUGUGCCUGGGAGAGCUAUAAGCAGCAUCACAAGGAUUUCAAGGCUUGCGCCGCAGAAAUCCUGAAGGUUCUGAAGGAGAACUCCAAGGCGUUGCAUCGGAUCCUCCCGGUGAUCAUGACGGAGUGCGCGAAGCUUUACGGGGGAGCUGCGCAAACUCUCGAUGGCGUGGUACACGCCGAUGCUUUGCAGCGAUGGCAGACAAUUGUUCCGGACUGGCCCGAAGGCUCGAAGGCGCUGAAGCGUUGGCGCAAGGAUAAACCCACCCUGCAGUCCACCGCCGAGUUCUUGGAAAAGGCCUAUGAGGCGCGGAAGCACGUAGAGAAGUCCUGGCAGGUUCAGCAGGCUUGGCACGGCGAUGACUCCUCGCUCGAAUCCAAGGAGGACAGCAGCUCCGGGGCGAAUCCUUGGGGACGCUACGGCGAUCCCGCGUCUUCGUCUUCGGAUGCCAAGAAGAUGAAGAAGAGCAAGAAGGCCGGCAAGCCCAAGAAAUCCGGAAAGAAACCGAAGAAGACCAAGAAGGUGAGCUCAUCAGAGACAAGCGAAGCGACCGACCCUAAGCUCAAGAAGAAAUUCGGCAAGAAGGCGAAGAAGGCGAGCUCCUCCGACACGGCUGACGCAGUGGAGACAAAGACCAAGAAGCACAAGAAGGAUGCCGAGUCAGCGGAUCCGCAUUCCAAGGAGACUGCAAAGCCAAUCGACGACACGGAGGCCUCGAAAGAGAUCCAGGAGGUCUGCGACGACGAGUGA